AUGGCGGUCUUGGUGAUUGUGAAUGGCGGUUUUGGUCAGUAUGUUAUCGUUGUUGUGGUUGUCGGUAACUAUCAAGAUCCGGACUGCGUCUGGCCACUGACAGAGGAAUCGUACGGGACGGAAACGAAGUCUGGAACGUAUAACGCUCUACUAUCAAACUGUGUGUUCGACCAUGGUCCCUCGGCUCUAGGUAGCACACAAAGCCUGAGUGUUGACGCCACAACUGUGAUUGAAAUAAACAACGGUGGGGAUUACUUUGGCACUGACUUCAUGGUGUCUGCAUUUUUCUUUUCGACAAGUAGCAGUGUCACGCUUUUCCACUACGUAGACAGCGGUAGAAAUGACGUAUUCAAGGUCUGGUCGACUAGUUCGCACUUGCACGUUGAGGUGUUUGGAGCAGGGGGAACCGGGUCGCUUGGGUCCGUGUCGGAGAGUUACAGUCUACCAACAAACCAGUGGUUACAACUGGGGUUCCUUCGUGAGAAGAGUAACGGUGUCAUCAAGGUGUUUGUAGACACUGAAAAAGUCAUAGACAUUGAUGAAGACUUUGAUGAUUAUGUUUCAUUGCCAAAUGGCGGAAAUCUUCGUGUGGGGAACCCUUUCAGCAAUGCAAUGUCGCCUUUCGUCGGAAGAAUUGCAUGCAUACAAAUCUACACGGCACUUAUAAGUGAAGGGGAAAUGGAUAGUACAGUGUUAAACAAUUGCAAAAAGGGAAGGUGGAUAGCAGCAGUACCAACGACAGCAUCGCAAACGUGCGCAUCCAACUUGCCCACAACUCAGGGUUCAGUUCCUGCUGCGGAAAGUUUAACCAGUGUGAUGACAACUACUUUGACACCAGUCCAAUCACAAACAGAAAGUUUGAUGCAAGAAAUGAAUGCUAAUCAGCCCUUGAAUGGAUAUUUUCUUUUACGCAUGCGCAACUCAAUUCCGUCCGAAGUCGGAUCCUUGAUCACGUGGACAAGGACGAAGGGGAUUUUCGGGUGCGGGUCAAAGUGUCUGAUCUCCCCUCAGUGCUUGUCUUUUUCCAUAUCAAAGUUAAAUUCUUUUGAAAAAAAUUGUUCUCUUUAUGAUUAUGAAGCUGACCUUUUUAUUGAAAGGUCGGGUUUUACAUACUAUACCCGAAUAGACAAGAAAUAGGCAUAUUAUACGUACGCCUCUUCAUUAACUCUUUUAGGAAACCUUCAUAUAUGACACGUGUCGCUGAGGCGUGCUGGAUCAGACGUUCUCUUCUGAUACGUAUAUAGAACGAUCUGUAUAAAGCAGAUAAUCUGACUCCUUUUGAUCAAUUUAAUUUUCAACUCAAUUUAAGCCCUUUCCGAUUCCUUAAAGGAAUAUUCAUGUAUUAAGCGUCAUGGUAUCUGUGGUUGUAUUGGUUUUACACUGUAA